UUUCAAAAAAAAAUCAAAAAGUUGUGAAAAGUUUUUAUAUUUCUGAUGAUUUCGUUUUAUGAGUGUGGAAUGAGUUAAAUGAAUGAAAAGUUCUCUCGUUGAAAUUAAAACUUGUGGUGUGUUCCAGUCAAAUCAUUUUGCGCGAUUAUUACAAUUUCAGUGAAACAGGAUCCUAGCUACCUUCACAACCUGCCACACGCUCGCAGAAAUGUCUGUCACCGAGUUUUUGAAGACUUUACCUAGUUAUGAUAAGAAUAAUUUUUCCCGCUUUCAUACUGAUAGCACGAAUAGAACUUGUGUGAAACGUCCGUCUGUUUACAUAUCGACUGAAGAAAUUCCGUCAGAGCAAAUUAUUGUAACCGAGAAAACGAAUAUUUUACUGAGAUAUUUACAUCAAAGAUGGGAGAACAACGCACAGAAUACGUUACCUCAACAGAAGAAACGAGAUCAAGCGCCGGAGAGUGGGAAUUCCGACGAAAUGAAUAUCAUACCUCGAAAAAGACUCAGAAUUGAACCUAAUUCUAUUUAAAUUCUAUGUUCAUAGUCUUCAGUAUCUUUUUACAUGUUUAUAUUAUGUCUUUUUGUGAUGUAAAAAAGUGUAAGGUAAGUUAUUAAUUUUAAAAUGAAAAAAUGUAUGUGUGUCUUUUUUUCAUUACAGGAAGGGAUCGUCGUCCGUGAUUGCAAUGAUGAUGUAUCAAUUUUGCCCCUUUUUAAUCUAGGUGUUUGUGCCUCGAAAUGACAUCCUUCUAGCUAAUGCCAUCAGUUUUCAUACAAUCCAAAGAUAUCAUGAUCAUCUUUUUCUGUGAAUUGUAGUAUGAUUUCUAUCUCAUAUAUUUACUUAUGCUGCAUCCUUGUCGUCUCGUCACUGACCAUUUCUUUGGGUUAUCUCAUUUACAAAUUAAUAUAUUUUUUAUGUCCGCAUUACAAUUUUGAAGCUUGUGAUUCAAUUCUGAUUUUCGAAUCAUUUCUGAUUAGUUAAUUUGACAUGUCUUAUCAUCGCGUUAUUUAUAGUUGCAUUCAUUUUCUGCGAAUAAUAUUAGUUCGUCGAGUUUUUUCAUUAUUGAGGUUAAGUAUUUUAUCAAUAAUAAAUAGUUGAUUGAACCAAAUGUUAUAAUACUUAUGUAGUGUUUUCAAAUAUAAGUUAAUUUAUUAUU